AUGAACAGUUACUAUGUGAUGAUGUCGCGUCUUAAUAUGAAUAUGGCAAUUUACCCUCAUCAGGUAUUGCAAAAAGACGUGGAAUGCCACGGCCGGAUCGUAAGCUCGGUGGUACGACUGUGCGGAGGCGGUGACGUCGCACGUGCGCUGGAACGACGCUGGCACCACCUGUACCUGCGGGCUAUUGAGUGGCAGUGCCAUCUUGAAGCCUGUCUCGCUAAGACUGAUAAUCAGAACUGUGUGCCAAUAGAAGUAGCGAGUGAUAGCGACGACGAGCCAGCUCUCAAACAGCCGAGGUUGAGUAGACGUGGGUCGCCGAGAAGACAGCGUACACCAGUAAAUGCUAAACAUAGGGACAGUUCUGAAGACAGCCGGCAAUCUGCCUCUGAGGAGGAACAAGAAUAUGCAGUGAGGUUCACGUGGCGCGGUUUCGGCUCGGACUGCGAGUCCGAGUUGGUUCGCGACAGGGACACAAUGGCGGACGCCAGAGUGCCGUCCGUUGAGAACAUUGACAGUCGGCAGACUGACCAGACUGUGCCUGGAGACCAGGUUGAUGGUGUAAACACACAUGAAUGUCUCAAAGUCGAAGAAAUCCCAAAGGAAAUGAAAACUCCACCGACUGUAGUCAAACGAAAAAAACCCGUAGACACUUCUAAAUUUAAUCAAUCCGAUAGAAAAUCAAAAAAUUGUGCCACGUUCUACUUUAGACAUCACGACACGGAUUCGGACAGACAGAUGAUCGAGGAUGAGAAAUCGCAAACGGAAUCGUCUGAAGAAGAAUGGACUUACGUCGAUGGUCCGAAAAUAGCGAAUGAAGAUUCAACGGAUAUAAUGACAUCUUCAGUUGAAAUUCAAUGCGAAAUGCCCUUAGACCAAAAUAAAGACAAAUCAUCGCCGAAACCAAAGUUAGAAUCGUCUACACCAGACCUUAUACGUGUUGAUCAAUCUUCAAGAUGUAAAGACAUAGAGAGAUUAGUGAUUGAAGCUGAAGAACUUGUUCAAAAACAACAAUUAGCAAAGAAAAAAGCAUCUAGAAGUUUAAAACCGUUAAUGUUUGAAGAGGAAGGCAAAACUGUUAGUCGUGCGAAAAUGUCACGCAUCAAGGAAUGGUUGAAUCAAAGUACAGACGAAAAAAAUGAUAGCAAUCAGGGAACAGAAAGCUAUGACGCAUCAGGUGAAUACACAACAGAAAGUGAAGUCGACACAUCGUUUACGUGUGAAGACAGGAACAUACACUCGUCUAUGGAUAUGAGCACGUCCACUUGUACCGUCACGCCGACCCAUCAUGCUAAGGUGCAACUGCGCAAGAAGCGUAACAACACUAGCGCUCGGCCGUGGUCCGUCUCGUGCCUGUCGCAACUCAACGCGGGCACAUCACUAGCGGCCACGCCCACUAACGACACCAUGCACAAUAUGUCGAUAUCGGAAUCCGCCUUGAACACACUCGCUUCACCGCAAAGAGUCACGCCAGGGAAUUCUAGCUCCAAGCUGCGCGGUAGUUCCACUACUGUACAGGGUCACAUAUCAAGCACAAAUACAAUGACGGAAGCGUGCACGUCCUGCGUCGAAGCAAACGACAAACAAUGUUGGUUGCGACGAAAACGUCUUAAAUUACGACGAUACAACAAUAAUACAGCCCGAAGGGAGAGAUUGGUCAAGUCUUUGUCGUUUUGUGGGAGAUUGAGUCCUGAGAUCGAGGAUAAGAAUGAGAGGAGUGCAGCGAGUGAUCCCGCUACUAGCAGGAAGAAUAGGUUCGAUACUACGUCUACAUCUGGAAAUGACAGCGACGAGGAACUUAUCAAACAACAACUAGCAACAAUCGCCAAUUUACGUAGGAGUAUCGAAAAAACCCACAUUUCUAAAGACGAUAGUGCCAUUCCAGAACAAAAUGAACAAGAAACAGUCACGCCUAGCUUUAAAUUGGGUCCUGAAGGAGGAUCAGUUAGGCCGCGACUAACAAAAAGUAUGGAAAGAGAAAGGACUUUCUUGUCAUUAAGUCUGGGUGAUCCCAGUCAGAUGUGGGACCUUUGUGUGGAUAAAGACUCGGAUGUAGACAAAAGUGUGACCGCCGGCACGGAGGGACAUAGCUCGUUUUCGGAGCAGGCGUGGGAUUUUUAUCAGGAAAAAUACAAUUCGGAACCGUAUUCUGAAGCGCCAGAUUCGGACGCCGCUCGACGCCUAUUAGAAUUCGGAGAUGAUUAUAGAGCGUUCCUCGACUCGCAGUCGGACUGUUGCUCAAGUUUAUCUGCUCAACCAGAAUAUGACCAGAGUCCAAGUGGCACUCGCCGCAGAAGACCACCUUCAGAUAUGUCAAGGGAAAGAAGCCUGCCAAGAUACAAAAGACCGACAAAGACUUCUCCAAUAGAUACACCUUCACGUAAACCCAAAAAAUCCAUGUCUAGUGCGGAGCGUAAAAAGUCACUCCUAGACAGUCUAGAAAGAUCUAGAAACAACACCAGCGUAGAAAGUAAUGAAAGCAUCCGACGACGAAAACCUUCGGAGAACGACAGAAAGAAUACCAAACGUUCGCCGGAAUUCGAUCUCCUAAACAUUCAAGCACUAAGCCGCAGACGUCACAGCUCAAACUUAACUAGCGACGAAAUCAACAGUUCAUUAGAAUACACUGAAGUCAACAAUCGACCGGAUAUACUUGACUCUUUGAACCGACGACGCAAAGAGGACGGAGAGUCAGAACUACAAAAGGUCGCGUUAUCCGAACUCCGUCGGUCAACAGAAAGUACAGAAUCGAAUUCCGAACGCGAGUCUUCACCGAAGUUGAGACGGAGUUGGGGCGAUUCGGAUUCGGAAUCCGAAGAAAUCCGAUCGCUAGUCCGAAGGUCGAGCACGCAACUGGAAGUGACGGAGGCGAUGAUGUCGAGACAUGACGCGUCGCCCGACCUGCUGCGGUCGUUCGACUACACGGAGGUGGUAUCGCGUUGCCGCGAAAACAUCAAUCUAUUGGAAGUGGCUCUCACUGAUGGAUCUCUAUCUCCGGCCUUACAGAGAGACGUCAGAGCUGUAUCAGCAAGAUGGUCAGCUCUAAGAGCAGCAGCAAUACGUCGCGGCGGCGCUCGUCGCUUGCGUCGCGAGAUCGCUGCCUUGAGAGAAAGUCUUGAUGACAUAUGCGAGCCUGGCGACUGCGCCCCGCAGCCUCACACCCGGGCCCAAUUACAUAGACGAAUUGAGGAGCUUAAGGAACGUCUUUCGCGUCUGCUAGAAUGCAAAGUGUCAAUGCUAAAGCUGACGGUCUCCGUGCGACGCGCGCUCGGCGAGAUGGAGUCAGAUGACAGCGGGCUCACAACCGACCUGACAGCUUUGUUAGCCGCUUGGGACGAUGCUCAUCAACGCACAUCAAACGAGUUACUGUCAUUAGAAAAGGCAGUGUCCGCGUGGGCGGAAUGGGAGAGUGCAUUGAGGGAGUUGCAAGGCGCAUUACGCGGUGACCUCGCAACGCUCCAAGCGCUAAAAGACCGCGGGGCUGCUUUGGCGGACCACGCGGAACUGACAGCUCAUGUCAGGCAGUUGGCUGCGUCUUUGAUUGAUAAAAAGAAGGGCGGCUCGACCUGCGACUCGCUGUCGGACUCCGGCAUCUCGGACGGCGACAGCGACGCGGCGGGCACGCGCGCGCGCCGCCUGUGCGCGCUGCGCGAGCUGGCGCGCCGCCUGCAGGCCGCGCUCGCGCCCAACUCGCCCGCGCACAGGGCUAUUGCUAAGCGCAUGGAACAAACUGAGAACGAAGUGAAAUGUUUACAAGAAUCUUGCCGGGCUUUAGUCGAGCAAAACAUCCCAGACCUGAAAAUUGAUGAAGUCUCACGCGAUCACGUUAUCGCCGUGUCAAAUAAUAACACGGGCGCAGGCGAUCCGGACUACAAUCCUCGUAGUAGUUGGGUAUGGCGCGUACUUCGAUCCUCAAUUCCCAUACAAUUAUGCCUCGUGGCGAUACUUCUAGCAGCUUGGUUGGUGGAACGACCGAGAUGUUGCGACGCCCUCAACUCACUCGCGCAAACCUUGACACCGCAGUUACGUUACGUUCGUGGACCUCCGCCAGUG